CAGAACCAAUCAGUGGUACUGAUCAGUGCCAAUCUUCUGUAUCUAUAGCUUCUUGUUUAUAUGUGGUCAUUCGUGAUUUUUAAAUUUUCAUCGUGGUUUUCCCCGUUUAAUAUCGUCGCGGACAUAUCAGUGAUCGUAGAGUUAAGUCAAGUGGCGAACUCCCGUGUAUCUUUCUAGUAUCAGUGACAAUUCUGCUACCGAGUACGUCAUUAUCUAUUUUGGAAACAAACAUUUAACCACAUACCAAGGAUCAUGAAGUACUUCUUGUUUCUUCUAAUAAGUGUCAUAGUGCAGUUAUCAGUUGCACCACCUGUUAAUCAGAAGAGCAAAGAUGGAGAACACAAAAAUGGAAACGAUGGUCUGGACAUGUAUUAUCUGGAUGAUGAAUACCGCAGAUACUUGAUGGAAGUAGUUCAGGUAUUAGAAAGUGAUCCUGAAUUCCGCGCAAAACUGGAGAAAGCGGACGAAGCAGAUAUUCGUACAGGGAAAAUAGCAGAAGAAUUACAGUUUGUGAAUCACAACAUCAGAUCAAGACUAGAUGAGCUUAAGAGAGAAGAAUUAGUAAGAUUAAGGCAUCUUGCAACAAAGGAGAAUGAAUUGAAAAAUGAUUUAGACAUUGAUCACUUAAAGAUAGCCGAGCAUUUAGACCACACAAAUACACGCACAUUUGAAAUACAAGAUCUUAAGAAGCUAAUUGCAAAGACAACAGAGAUAUUAUCAAAUGCAGAUAAUGCAAGACGAGAGCAGUUCAAAUAUCAUGAAAUGGAAAAAGAGUAUGAAGAACAGGGAAAAUUAAAACGUAGUGAUAUGAGCGAGGAAGAAAGAAAGAAGUACGAACAAGAAUUGAAAGCCUUGAAAGAGCAACAGAAAAAGCAUGAACCUGUACAUCAUCCAGGUAGUAAGCAACAAUUAGAAGAGGUAUGGGAGAAGCAAGAUCACAUGGAACCCGAAGAAUUUAAUCCUAGAACAUUUUUCUUCUUUCAUGACCUUGAUGGUAACGGAGUAUGGGAUCAAGACGAAGCUAAAGCUUUGUUUUUGAAAGAAUUGGACAAACUUUAUGUCCAAGGAACAUCCCACGUUGAUUUAUUGAAGCGUGCCGAAGAAAUGGAAAGAAUGCGGGAGCACGUAUUCAACGAAAUUGAUCUCAAUAAAGAUGGACUUAUUAGUUACGAAGAGUUUCUUGAACAAACAAAGAAGCCAGAUUUUCAACAAGACGAGGGCUGGCAGGCAUUAGACGAACAAGAAAUUUAUACUCGAGAUGAAUUUGAACAUUUUCAAAGGCAGAAAGAACUCGCUGCUCAAGCGAUGCCUCUUCCACAAUACGGACACGUACCUGAGGGCGGAGUUCAUCCCGCAGAUCUAAAAGCUUCAAGUCAGCAGAAUCUUCCACAACAACAAUUUCAAGAUCAUUCGCAGCAUCAUCAGCAGCAAGGAAAUGUAGUACCCCAACAUCAGUACCCUAACCAUAUGCCGAUACAACCAAUUCACGAUCAAUCUGCUCAGCAACACCAACAAAAUCAACAUUUCCAAGAACAAGUACCGAUGAACCAGCAAUAUCAACAAAUGCAAGGGCAAGUUCCCGUUCAACAAAUGCAAGGGCAAGUUCCCGUUCAACAGAUGCAAGGGCAAGUUCCAGUUCAACAAAUGCACGGACAAGUUCCAAUUCAACCGAUUCAAGCUUCGGUUCAACAGGAGCAUAUUCCUGUUCAACAACACCAGCCUCAAGCGUCGAAUUUUCAACAGCAAAAUAUCAUGAAUCAAGUACCACAGAACGUUCAAAAUAACGUUGUACCACAACAUAAUAAUCCAAGUCAAGCAAAUGUGCAGUCUGCGCAAGCUCAAGUACAACAGGAAAUUAAUAGAAAUGUAAUACCAUCUGCAGGGAAGAUGUAACUUCGUUCGUAACAGUUACCGUCGUGACAUUCGACGAAUCCCCACGGCAAAGGUAUAAAAGUGAAGAAAUGGAAAUACGUCUUCGAUUUGUAACGAGAUUCGUAAACUUUACCGCUUUACAACUAUUUUUCCACGCCGUUCUCCAUUUUUGUUAUUACGUUGAUUAUAGGAUCUUUACAAAACGUAUGCAAAGUUUUAACGUUGUGUUUACCAUGUGAGACUGGUCAAUUUAUUUAUCGUGAAUGUAAAUAAAAGCCGUUUCCAAGAAAAA